AAAGAAGUUUUAGCAAUGUUUUGAUUUUAACUUCCUAGCAGCCAUUUUACCACGGCAGGCAGGCGGUGUAAUGUGGCCAAUGUAGUUCGUCGGAGAGUUCAGCGUCUCUUUCCUUGAGUAAACGCUGUAUUUUUGUAUGUUUAGGAAGCAGAGGGUGCAGUAAGAGGAAGCCAGAAGGCAUUGUGUUCUACAGCGAUGUGCCACACUGGCUGUCUUCAGCACCGUGUACUGCUGUUUGUCUAACAGAUUUAGUACGAAAGCAGAAUGGACUUUCUUGUGAAAGCCUUACAACAUUUGUCACGUUUUACUCGGUGGCCGGGAGCCUUCAUUUCCACCACCACUCCACUAAAUCCUCAGCCCCAUAAUCUCCCAUAAACACUCCCUGACUGUGGAACCUCCUUGGCACUGCCAGCAUGUGUGUGCCAGCCCUAUACACCCAUUAGCAUCGUAAAGCCUCUGCUUCUCAUCCCCAACCCCCACUCCUCACAGCAAGGUGCAGCAUGUAUGUGAGCGCGUGUGAGCCAGCAGUGCCGCCUGUGUGUUUACAUGUCAGCCUAUCAGUGCUGCCGGAUUUAGCGCAUCUGGAGAGGACGGAGGCAUUUCUCAAAUGCCCCUCAGACAAGGGAUUCUCAUCGUUGCAUAUAUCCCUCUGUCCCAUUUGAAUGUAGCCUGUCUUGAAUCCUGCAUCCCUGUCUCCAUGCUUUCGGAGGCAUUUUGAAUUUCCUUGGCAACAUGGAGCUGCCUGAAUUAGAAUUCUCUGCAUGACAGUCCUGGUAAGCAGUAGGAUGGUGUCUGCUGAGGCAGGGGGGCACAGCUACUUGGUGGCAUGCUGGCAGCCCAUCCUGAUCCUGAUGCUGGGCACUGUCCUUUCUGGCUCCACCACCGGUUGUCCCUCCCGAUGUGACUGCAACGCUCAGGAGCGUUCAGUUGUGUGCCAUCGACGGAGACUGGCAGCUCUUCCUGAGGGUAUUCCCACUGAAACAAGGUUGUUAGACCUCAGCAAGAACCGUCUGAAAACUCUGGGGCCCGAGGAGUUCAUUAAUUACCCUCAACUGGAGGAGCUGCAACUUAACGAAAACACAAUUUCAUCCAUUGAGCCUGGGGCUUUCAGCAACCUUAUGAACCUUCGAACUCUGGGCUUGCGCAACAACCAGCUGAAGCUCAUCCAGCUGGGGGUGUUCACAGGCUUGACCAACCUCACACAGCUGGAUAUAAGUGAGAACAAAAUUGUCAUUCUGCUCGACUAUAUGUUCCAGGAGCUGUACAACCUGAGGGCUCUGGAGGUUGGCGACAAUGACCUGGUAUUCAUCUCACCCCGAUCAUUUCAUGGCCUCAGCAACCUUGAAAGCCUCAACAUUGAGGGAUGCAACCUGGCCUCAGUGCCCACUGAUGCCCUUAGCCAUCUGCAUAACCUGCUGUCACUUCGAUUACGCUAUCUCAACGUCACUGUCAUAAGGGAUUACUCCUUUAAGAGGCUGUAUCGGCUCAGAGUGCUGGAGAUUUCUCAUAUGCCUGCCCUGGACACCAUGACUCAAAAAUGCUUGUUUGGACUGAACCUCACAUCCUUGUCCAUCACAAACUGUAACCUUACUGCCAUCCCCUACCAAGCCAUCAGUCACCUAAGAUAUCUUCGGUUUUUAAAUCUGUCUUUCAAUCCCAUUUUAACUGUGGAAGGGAACCAACUGUUCAACCUACAGAAGCUCCAAGCUUUUCAUUUGGCUGGUGGGAGAUUAGCUGCCAUUGAGCCCUACUCUUUCCGAGGACUCAACCAUCUCCGUGUACUCAAUAUAUCCAGCAAUAGCUUGAGCACCCUGGAGGAGUCGGUGUUCCACUCAGUAGGAAACCUGGAGACCCUGGCUUUGUAUGACAACCCUUUGGCCUGCGACUGUCGUUUGCUCUGGGUCUUCCGCCGGCGGUGGAGGCUCAACUUUAACAGACAACAGCCCAUGUGUGCGUCACCUGAUGUCGUGCAAGGAAAAGAGUUCAAGGACUUCCCAGACAUCCUCCCCUCUGACUAUUUUAUUUGUCAGAAAUCAAGGAUCGUGGAUUAUAAGGUUCAAGAGAGCCAUGUAGAUGAAGGAACUACGGUUCAUUUUGCUUGCCAAGCUGAGGGUGAUCCAGUCCCUGUGAUAAUGUGGCUAACCCCUAAGAAGGAAUACAUCACUACCAAAACUGUGGGGUCAAGACUUUCUGUGUCCAAUGAGGGCACAUUAGAGGUACGUUACUCCCAAAUCCAGGAUAACGGCACCUACUUGUGCAUUGCAAGCAAUGCAGCUGGCAAUGACACCAAAGUUGCUCACCUUUUUGUCCAUAGCUACUCUCCCAAUUGGCCCCACCAGCCAAACAAGACAUUUGCAUUCAUUUCCAACCAGCCCAGCGAUGAAGGUGCUAAUGUAACCCGGGCAACAGUUCCAUUUCCGUUUGAUGUAAAGACACUUAUCAUAGCAACCACCAUGGGAUUUAUCUCUUUCCUCGGAGUUGUCCUCUUCUGUCUUGUAAUAUUAUUCCUCUGGAGUAGAGGGAAAGACAAUACUAAGUCAAGUAUAGAGGUUGAAUAUGUUCCACGUAAAGAGGAAACAGAAGAGGCCAGUCCAACUGAGGCACCCAUACAAUUCAAUAUGAAAAUCAUGUGAACUUCAAACAGGAGGCCAUGUAAGCUUACAAACUGAAGUCGGGAUGCAUUUUAUCCUCGCUUCAAAUAUGUUUAUGAGCGAUAGGAAUUGCACAGCAGCAAACGCAUCUUGACACUAUACCCUAAACAUUUUUUUUUACUUCAGGGACUGAAUCUUAAAAAACAAAUUUUGAAUUUAAAAUAUUUAAAUUUCUGUAAAUGUGUAUUGGCAAUUCUCAAUCAGUAUGUUAACAUGCAUUAAAACAAUUGGAUUACUGUGUGUAACUAAAUUAAGGUAAUGGUUUGAAUAAAGCACAUGGAUCACAGUAGACUAAUUUGCCCAGUAAAUCGAGUUUACAUGAUAGGUGGGCUACUGUCUGGAAGGAUGAGGACAGGUAUACAGGUAUAGCCUAAUUCUUCUAUCAGCGCAAAAUAACAGAAAGAUGGAUAGGGUACAAAGCACAAUAACCCACUAUUAGAACCCAAGUUUUGUCCCAUCAUAAGCAGUUAAGUAUAAUAUGAGUGUACAUGUUUAGAUAAAUAGAAAAAGAUAGAGAGAUCCAUGUUAUGUUUUGAGAGAAAAAAGGUGUAGCCUACAUUCACGAAAGAAGUUGUACAAUUAUACAUAUUUACAAAGAUAAAUAUAUUUUUGAGAACAAUUGCUAUAUUACAAGACUAAAUUAAUAAUUAAGAAAAAGGAAAUAAUAUUCAAGAAGUUGUGUUUUGAGAGUUGUAAAACUACCAGAAAUUGUCAUGUUAAAAAAAACAAAACACUUUUGGAUUGUCUGAAAUUUAAGAAUUAAGAAUCAGUUGGUGGGUUAGAGACAAAGGUAAAGUAUACUUCACCACCCGUCACGUGUCUGUGACCAGUGGCCUUUAACAACUUUCCAGAAUCAUUCAAUUGUGUUUUGAUGUUUUCUCUGCACACUUGUCCAAAAUUUCAAACCGUAGCCUUUAUCUCUGUUGACAUACAAGUAUUAUUGUCAACUGGGCGUCAAUUUUAAUUAAUCAGUUAUAAUAACUGGAGUAUUUCCUUAAUCUAGCAUCAGUUAAUUUAGAAGUGGGAAUGUUAACACACUGAAUGAGAAAAAUAAGCCAGUCCAACUUCUUUCUGCCUACAAAGGAAGUCAUUAAAUGUAUAGAGAUGUUGGCUAUACAUAUUUUUUCUGUAUUUUAUUCUUUCCUUGUACAUUAUCCUAUUAUGGCACAAUAGUAAUGCUUGUAAUGGUUGUGGUUUUUGAACAUAUUACAAUCUAAAGAGCAGAUUAAAUAUUCAGUUUUUGAAUUAACUGAACCACAAGAGUUUUGCUGUUUUUCAGUGUGUAAAAAAGACCCUUGAAGAUAAUCAAAUUAACAAUUUAUCAUGAAGUGUGUUUACCCAUUUGGCAGUUUAAUAAGUGCAAGUACUCUGUCCAAGUCCUGAGGUUAUAUUGUCACCGGUGCAUCUCAAAAAGGGUGACAUUAUUCUUUUGUUGCCUUAAGUAACCAAUUUUCCAGAUUUCAGCUUAGCAAUACCCAACGUUUAUGUGUAAAAUGGAGUUUUAUGCCUCAUAAGGAUUUUAUGUUGUCUAAUUAAUUUUACAGUCAAAGUCUGCUCUGAAGAUAAUGUGUUCAUUAACUCUUAAAAUACUUGUUUAAAAGGGAUGGGCAAAUUAAAAUAAAUAACAUUUUAUACUA